AUGGAUACAACAACCACUGCUGAUGAUACUAAUAUCUCUCAAGCUGAAAAGACUAGAAGAGACUUUAUAGAACAAAGUAAAUUAAGAAAAGCUGCCAUUGAACAAAGAAAAUUAAAGGAAAAAGCUGAAGAAGAUGCUAAGAAGGUUCAAGAGCUAGAAAAGGAAAAAGAAGUCCAAAAAGCUAAUGACAUUGAAAAGGAAAAGGAAGCUGCUGCUGCAGAUUUAUCUUCAUUAUCAUUAGAAGAAUUAUUGCCAAAAUUAAACCAACAAAUGUCUAUUAUGGAAAAGAUAAAGUUGAAAAAAUUGAUUAAACAAAAGGAAACUGAAUUAUUAACUAAAAAUGAUCAAGCUUCGUCAAAAGAUGCAGCUCCUCAAGAAAAUCCUAAAACUGCUCCAGGAAAUGAAUCUACUUCUCAGGAAAAUCAAGUAGCUUCUCCAGAAGAGGCUGUUGCUUCUACUGAUGAUAUUCCAUCUGCUGCUGAUGAUCCUUCUACAUCCGAUGAUACUAGUUCUAUUGAUAAAAAGCAAGAACCUUUAGAUGAUGGUUCUAUUACUUAUACCACUCUAUUAAAAUUCUUAGAAAAUGCAAAACCAAUUGAUGAUAUUUUCAAUUUUGCUUAUCCACAAGGUAUUGAAAAUCCAGAUGUUAGAUAUAAAAAAGAUCAUAUCAAAUAUACUUAUGGUCCUGCUUUUCUUUUACAAUUUAAGGAUAAAGUGAAUGUUACAUUAGAUAAUGAAUGGGCAAGUGAAAAUACUGCAAAGAUUGUUAUUCCAGCAGGUUUAAAUAAGCAAAAUAGAUCAAGAGAUAAUAGUAAUAGAUUUGGUGCCAAUUCUCGUAAUAAUAGCACUUCUGAUUUUAGAAGAUCUGGUUCUAUGAGAAGUAUGGAUGGUAGGAAUAGUUCCAAAAGAAGAUCAAAGAGGGGUGGAGAUGAUAGAAGAUCCAAUAGAUCUUAUACUUCAAGAAGAGAUCGUGAAAGGGAAAACGAAGAAAAAACUGCUGAUGAAACUUCAGCUGUUGAGGUGGCUCCUCUAGUUCCUUCAGCUAAUAGAUGGGUUCCGAAAUCUAGAAUGAAGCAAACAGAAAAGAAUAUGGCUCCAGAUGGUGUUACUGAAUUAUUAACCACUGAAGAAGCAGAAAGAAAUACAAAAUCUUUGUUAAAUAAAUUAACUUUAGAAAAAUUUGACCCAAUUUCCGCCAAAUUAUUAGCUAUUGCAAAUCAAUCACAAUGGGAAGAAAAUGGUGAAACUUUACAAUUAGUCAUUGAACAAGUUUUCCGUAAAGCGUGUGAUGAACCUCAUUGGUCUUCCAUGUAUGCACAAUUAUGUGGUAAAAUCGUAAAAGAAUUGAAUACAGAGAUUAAAGAUACCUCUAAUGAAGGUAAAACUGGUCCAAAAUUAGUUUUACACUAUUUAGUUGUUAGAUGUCAUACUGAAUUUGAAAAAGGUUGGGCUGAUAAAUUACCUACAAAGGAAGAUGGUUCUCCAUUGGAACCUGAAAUGAUGUCCGAUGAAUAUUAUCAAAUUGCAGCCGCAAAGAGAAGAGGUUUAGGUUUGGUACGUUUUAUUGGUUUCUUAUAUUGUUUAAAUUUAUUAACAGGUAAAAUGAUGUUUGAAUGUUUCCGUAGAUUAAUGAAAGAUUUAAAUAAUAAUCCAUCUGAUGAAACUUUAGAAUCUGUGGUAGAAUUAUUGAAUACUGUAGGCUCUCAAUUUGAAUCUGAUAGAUUCACUGCUGGCCAAGUCUCCUUAGACGGAUCUGCUUUAUUCGAUAGUUUAUUUGCGUUAUUACAAAAUAUCAUUGAUGGAAAUAAAACUUCUUCAAGAAUUAGUUUCAAAUUAUUGGAUGUUAUAGAAUUAAGAGAUGUUAAACAUUGGAACAACGAUAAGAAAGAUGAAGGUCCAAAGACUAUUCAACAAAUUCAUGAAGAAGAAGAAAGAAGACGUCAAUUGAAAGCUUCUGCAUCUAGUUCAAGACAAAGUUCCAGGAGAGGUCAUAAUAAUAGCACUAGAAAUUCUUCUAGAAGAGAGCCUGUCAAAGUCUCUCAUGAUGAUUUCAUAACAACAAGAUCAGGCUCUUCUAGACGCUCUCAAAGACCACAACCAGUCCAAAAAGAAGAAUUAAGGCCUACUAUGUCUUCUUCAAAUAUGUUUAGUGCAUUAAUGGAUAAUAAUGACGAUGAAUAA